CCGUGCAGGAAGUAGUCGAAGCUGUUCUUCAGGCAAGCUUUCGAGCAGACGGCUCGGCAAGUAAAACAUGAGCUGUCUCUUUGCACCUCUGCUGCUUGGAGCACUGCUAUCGGCUUCAGGUGUUACUGCUCUGACGCCCAAGAUCUCGGUGGUCGAUAAGGCUGUUGUUGCACAAAAAGGUUCCACAGUAACCUUGAUGUGCUCUGCCACGAGGGUUAGAAAACUUACAACCUCAAGCUCUUGGGAAUUCAACGGACAAGAAAUAAAGAAAAGAAACAACAAAAUUAUAAUACCAGAGCCACACUAUCAGACAAAUAAAAGAAAAGGAAACUUUACUUUAACCAUCAAGAAUGUUUCGGACACAGAUGUUGGUACAUACGCCUGCAAAGUCUCCAAAAUACACCUUGACAGGAUGCUUGAGGCAAAGGAGAAUAUAGAGCUGUCAAUUCAGGAAGAAUUACUCAACGUCACUUCCACGCAGACAAACAUCACCCUCGACGAAGGAAGCACAACAACUCUAAAUUGCAGUGUCAACUUUUCAGGAGCUUUCGAAGUGGUCGUGUACUGGCUUUUGAACGGAAAAAUAGUACCUAAAACUAAAGUAUUGUACCAACAAGGGGAUGGCAUGCCCUUGGAACUGAAACAUGUGACCCUCGCCCAAAGUGGAAUCUACACAUGUGCUGCAAACUCCACCAUUGGUUUAAAAACACACGACAUAGCUGUGAACAUACGUGACACACAAGGUCCAGAUUUAGAAUUCACACAGAAAACUAAAUCGUAUGUUAAAAUUACAAACGGUACAAAUGUUACGUUAAGUUGUCUCGGAAUUUACCCAGCAGCAUUGUUUGAUGACACUUUCUGGCUUUUUAAUGGCAGUCAUAUAAAAAGGAACAAGCACUUUGAAAUGAACAAUGAUUUUGUUGACAACAAUGAGGAAAAUACUAAAAGGAGACUUCUCAGCUUAACGAUAUACAAUGCUAGGGUUGAAGAUAGUGGAAAGUACGAGUGCGUGCUCAACACUUCACAUGGCUUGCGGAGGAAAAACAUCAAGGUUAAUGUGACAUUUUUCCCAGAACGCGAUCCGGAACCCCCAGUAGUCACGGUGAAAGAAGAAAACAAGCGCUUACAGCUAGCACUAUAUAUAGCUCUGGGACUGUUCGCUGGAGUGGUAGUUACCAUAGGAUUUUUGGUCAAGUUAUAUUAUAAAAGAGCACCUAAAACUCUUCCAUCAAUAAAACCUUUCCCAGGUGAUGAAGAACCAAUCUACGAAUAUGACGUCUUUAUCACCUACAGCAGGAAAGACUCUAAUUGGGUGGAUAGCAAGCUACUAAGCUUGUUGAGUGAAAACCAGGUCAAGUACUGCAUCGAUAAGAUGCAUUUCAAACUUGGUUAUCCCAUUCUGGAUUCUAUCGCCGAUAGUGUGUACCAAAGCCGUUACGUGUUGGCAGUGUGGUCGGGGAGUUAUGCAGCCAGCAGAUUUUGCAAGCAAGAGCUCGACUAUGCCUUACACAAAAGUUUUCAUUACAGUGAUUACUCAGUAAUAUUGAUCGGUCUCGAAUCGAUUAGUCUCAAAAAGUUACCGAAACCAUUACGAGCAAGAACAUUUCUCAACUAUUCUGACAGCGUUGAUAGAGAAGGAUGGGAAAAACGGCUCGUAAAGCAUCUUAAAAGAUCUGCACCUGAAAAGUAUGCGCAUGUGUUAGGAACUCCCGUCUGACAUAGACAUCUGUUAUUUGUCGGUGUUUCCUUUAAGUGUUUACUUUCUUUAGAAAGACAUAUUUUUGUUAUUUCCCUCACAUUGAAGGUGACUUCGCAAGCCGUGGCGAACGAGUCAAGAUACCUUGUAUAUGCUAAAGUUAGUAGUUAUAAAAAGCAUGAUAUCUGUGCAAAAAAACUGAUGGGGACAAUGAAAAUAAGAACAAAUUGUUUAUUUGGCAUUGAAUAACUUAAUGGGUCUUCUCAGUCUAAAACCAGACCGUUGGUGAAGAUAAACGCCUCCGCGAGAAAUUUAAUUGAAAAUUCCGUUUUCCAUAUUGAAAAACGCCAGUUACAAGCGGAAAAUUAUGGACAAAAACGAAAAAUGAAAUAAAAAUGAGGACAGCAACAGUUAUAUGUUUUAUACUCGUUUUCCUGUCACAGAUAUUAAGUGA